AUGCAAGCAGCCGAGCUGGCUCGUAACAAUUUCAAAUUGGGCGUAACGAAGAAGGCGCAGCUCAUUCAAACACGCCAAAUGAAAUCAUGCCGCUUUAGAGAUAAUGCUCGGCUGCAGCGUUUGCAGCUGUCCUUGAUAUCUCGCAUACUUCGUGACGACACUUUGCACAACACCCUCGGCGCUGGUGUGACACAACUCCAGGGCGCAGUCACUCGUGCAAGUUGCCAUAAAUUUAUGGGACACCAGGCAGCGCCCUUGUUCCCAUUUAGCGUCUGGGUCAUCUUCCAGACACACAUCUUGCAGAAUACGUGGGAGUAUGAAAGUUUUAGCGAGGAAUCUAUCGACCCAACCACGAAGAAAUCAACAUACAAUGCUAUGAUCAAGUGGUCAUGGAAGACGAAGUCUUUGGAUAUAAUCCCGAACUUGAGCGGAACCCAGAACAUUGUCAUUCAGUUCGGAGGCAAGAGCAGUACAGACGCGACUAACUUAGAUGCAACGAAGUCUUCGCAAUUCCAGAAACAACCCGUUUCCACCUCAAUGUCUGCCAACACGCAUUCUGUCAAGGCCAAGGUGGCCUCCGAUAGUCCUAACGAGGCUUCUGCCGCGCCAGUACAAUCAGACACACAGAACCCAACUCAAGAGAAGGACACAAAGGCCCUGUUCAAAGACGCAUUUGAUCGAGCAUGGAGUAGCACUAGUGAAGAGAUCUUGGAGCGUCAUCCUGCCUGGAAGGACAUGCCGCCUGCCCGCGGCGUAAGCCCAGCCACGGCUAUGCGGGUCUUGGAGGAAAUGGAGAGGGAGGAGCGCAAAUUACCUGAUGGAACGGAAACUACUGGGAAACACAACGCCUCGUGA